GUGCAAAGAAAGAUUGAAAACUUCCUGUUUGGUUCAUGAGUAUGUAACUGCUCUUUUGUUACACUGACGUACUGUAUCCAUUUGUUUAGCAGAAACGGGUAAGCCUAGAAUUGUGACAAUUUUUUGUAACACACAGGUAGAUAGCAUCGCAAAUUUUGAAAGCUUUUACUUGCAAAAUAAUUCCAAAAACCAAAGACAACGAAAGACAGCAGCUUAAGUGAAGAAUGACAGUACAUCAGAUGGCAAUUUUUAAGAAGUCUGUGAUCCUCUUUAGUCUCUGUAUGUUCCAUAGCACCCUAACCGAAACCGGGAGCAUGUGCAAAGGCAAUCUCCCACCAGUUAAGUAUGUGGCACAAAGGAGCAAUGUUACUGUGCAUUGCCCAACACUCAGGGGAUCGGAAAUGGGGUACAGUUUAUAUAAGGGCCCAGAUUUGGUUACCUCCAUUUAUAUAAAAAUAAAUAACACAUUGUUUACUGAACAUAGCAACAGCCCAAAUAGAUACUUUCCUGCCCAUAUAAGUGUUAACUUUACAGAUAACAGUACCAGCUUCGUCCUAUUUAACGUGACAGUUAAUAUGACUGCCCUGUACAAGUGUGAGGCAGAGAAAAACUUUCCUCCUCCAUUUGAAAAAGUGGAACAGGUGCCACAAACUAUUGUGUUUGUUGAAGAAACUUCAAGUCAACAGCUCUGUCAACAUGUCAGUUACCUGGUUCUGUUCCUAGUAUUUGGAGGCAUAUAUGGACUGGUAGCAUCUUCCAUAGUCAUCAUACUUAGGAUCAAGUUGAGUCAAGUGGACUGUAAUGGCUUGAAGAACAUAAAGUUCAGAGAAUGCAGGCAAAAAUGGCAAGGAGUUCAACACCCAGUACAGAAGGGUUUCUACAUAGAAACUAUAGCACAACAAGCACCAUUCAAAUCAUCAAAUCAGAAAGCAAUGUUUAAAAAAGAGCCUACUGUUUAAAUGGCAUUCUGAGAUAAGCCAUCUACAUUGUAUUUUUUAGAGUUAAAUCAUUUCAUUUGACUAUUUUAUAAUUUCACGUCAAAUAUUGGCUGAUUUGCUUUAAAUCUCACAUAACAUACAUUUUAAAUAUAAACAUUCAAAUAAACCGCCAGAGUUGUGCGUUUUAUUGGUGUCAUGUCCUGUAUUAGGGUCUGAGCACAGCACUAUUGUAUUCUGUAGGAUUAUUAUUAGGGCCCGAGCACAGAGGAGCAGGCCAGCUGAACCUGAUAGUUUUUGCUCCAUUUAUUAAUUCCAAAUUUGAAGUUUAACUUUUGAUCUGUGAGUCUACAUCCUUGGCUCAUGACAAUUCGUUUGCAUCCUAUGAUGUCAUUUUUAACCCUUAUGUGUUGUUGGGGAUGUUUUAAUCCACAGAGUUUUUUAAGUCUUAAUUUGCCCACAACUUUCUCUGUGUUUCAGCAAAUGGAAUGAUUUUUGGUGACAAUCUUAUAUUUACACAUAUUUUGAGAAAAUGCUUUGAAUAAAAAAAAACCCUCAAAAACACACGUGGGGAAAUUUACUACCCUUUCGUGUUGUUAGUGGAUGAAAAAAUCCACUAAAUUAAACGACUGUAAAAAUGUAUAAGAUGUAUCAGAUUAAUUUUUUUUCAUCUUUUUUUUUGCCUAAAUCUGUUAAUCAACCUCAGUAAUGAUCAAAACUACCAAAUCUUAAAAAAUUCCAUGAUUUUAACUCUUUAGUGGCCAAGUUCAUAAGUAGUGUCAGUGAUUUGGGAAAAACACAAAAUGACUGAUUUUUAAUAUAAAAAGUAAUUGUGGACUGGAUUUUUUUUACCUUUUUCACAGUCUUGGGCAUGUCAAAGAUUAGUAAAAACAUUGGCUUUGAUGAAUUGUUAGUUUUCUGUAACAUCAGUUUUUUUCUCCCUCAUUUAUUGUUAGUGGCUUUUUUGCCCCAUUUACUUCCAUUAUGACAACAUUUUUUGAUUGCAGAGCUAUAACACCUUAUUAUCAUGCAUUUUUGAAUGUUGGGGUUUUUUCCUUUUGCAAAGAGGUCACAUUUAUCAUUUUUACUGUUGAUCAUCAUGUGGCACUAUU